AAUAGUCCAAUUUUUUUUUAGAAAAAAAAAAAAAAAAACCAAAAAUUAUUCUGCAUUCAAAUCUUGAACAUGGAUUAUUCAUGGGAUGAACUUCUUUUUCAUCACAAUUCUCUUCCAUUUAACGUUAACGACACGGAAGACAUGUUACUUUUUAAUUUUGUUGCUGAGGGUGGCAGUAGUACAACAAAUUCUUGUUCAAGUUCUGGCAUAAAGGAAGAAGAGGUCACUUCAUACGAAGAACCCGAAAAGGAAAAGAAUUAUAGAGGUGUUAGAAAGAGGCCAUGGGGGAAAUUUGCAGCUGAAAUACGUGAUUCUACAAGGAAUGGUGUACGUGUUUGGUUAGGUACAUUUGAUAGUGCUGAAGAAGCUGCUUUGGCUUAUGAUCAAGCUGCAUUUGCUAUGAGGGGGUCGAUGGCGAUACUUAAUUUUCCCAUAGAGAUAGUGAAAGAGACUUUGAAUGAAAUGAAGUGUAGGUUUGAUGAGGGAUGUUCGCCCGUGAUGGAGUUGAAGAAGAGACAUUCCAUGAGAAGAAAAACCGCGAGCCGCUCGCGGAGAAUCCGGGCAAGGAAAGAUCAUGAGUCGUCUAAAAAUGUUGUUGUGUUUGAAGAUUUGGGUGCUGAGUAUUUGGAGGAAUUAUUGAUGUCUUCAGAAAGAAUCACAAAUUGGUGAUGUUUCUCCUCUGUUUGUUCACAGUAGCAAAAGCUACUGCUCUGUCUAGAUAAUCUUGAAUGAGGUUUAGGCCAUCAUUUGUUUGUUUCUUUUCGCUUUUUUGAUGACGGGAAAAUGAAGAGGAGAUUACUAAAAAUGUGGAAAUUCAGAUGUCAAUCAACUAAACUCCUAGGAUUUUCCUUCUUCCCGGGCCUUCAUUAAUUCGUUGAUGACUUUAUUAAUUUGUGGUUCUUUUCUACAUACAAAAGAGCUAAUGUUUCGUGUUCCAUCUUUUUGUUUUUGUGACAUGCUCAAAAAUGUCCAUUUCAACAGUAAAGUUGAAUGCUUGCUUUGAAUUUUGAUAGGUGCUAGCAACUGAAUGUAUCUCCAUAUCAAAUUUGACUUGUGUCAUAGAAGAAAAAACAAAAGUAAAAUAGUGGACCUUCAAUUGAGUUAUGAAAUAAUAUGAGCUUUCUGAGACC